AAAAAAAAAACAAAUCUUUAAAAACAAUAUCAUCUCUUUGAGAGUCUCUCAGGGUCAGUCCUGUCAGCAAUGGCGAAGAACUUCAUGUCUGCUUCUCGUCCGUACAUUGUUACUCUUCUCGAUUAGAGUCUAGAGGACAAGCCUUCAACUCCUGUUCCGUUCUAAGAUUAGACCCUUUUACUUCUUCUUUGCUUCCUGUCUCAUUAGCGAUUCGAAUUGUUUUAGCUCGUUUUUGCGAUUUCCGGGAUUGAACAUCGUCUUUUCAGUACUAGAGCUUCUCAAGUAAAUGAUUCUGUGUCUAUUGGUCAGACCCUUAUGUAAUCCAUGGAGAAAAAGAUCAAGAAACAAUUGGACGCAGAUUCGUUCUCUGUCAAGGAUAUUUCUGAUGAAGGGCGAUGUGUUUGGUGAUUAUUUAAGAACCUCAAAAGAGAAGAAAGAAGUCACAGGGAUCUAUUAGAGCCAAGAACAUCACGGUGAAAAUGAAGUUGUUUGAUGCUCAUUGUCACCUUCAAGACAAGAGGGUCAUCGACAAAGCCUCCCAGCUCAUAUCUGCAGCUUUAGCUGUCGGUGUUACCAAUUUCGCAGUCAAUGGGACCUCCGAGAAAGAUUGGGACUUGGUGAUAGAGAUGGGAGAGACGUAUCCUUCUGUUGUUCCUUGCUUUGGAAUUCAUCCUUGGUUUAUUGCUGAUAGAAGCCCUCAUUGGUUUAACACAUUGAAGAAGUUAUUUGAGACCACUCCUACUGCUGCUGUUGGAGAAAUUGGGUUGGACAAAGGUCCCUUAGCAGCAGGAAUUGAUUACUCAGACCAGCUAGUCGUGUUUCGCCCGCAGCUUGAACUUGCAAAAGAGCUGAACAGACCUGUAGCAGUUCAUUGCAUUGAUGCAUUUGAUGAUCUCCUAGAGAUAAUGAGAUCCGUGGGACCUUUUCCUGCUGGUGUGAUUCUUCAUUCAUUCAAUGGUUCAGCUGAAGUUGUUCCUAAACUCGCUGAGCUUGGUGCAUACUUCUCCUUUUCUGGCUGGUUUACUUACAUUGAUGAGAAAAUUGCAAAGAAGACUCUGAAAUCGAUUCCUUCUGAUAGGUUCUUAUUGGAGACGGAUUCACCUGACGGGUUACCAAAAUCAGAUGAGAGUACUUCGGAUCCAAAACCAACUCUCAAUGAGCCUGCAAACAUUCUUGCUGUACUAGAUUAUGUUGCGAACCUGUCAAACAUGAAGAAGGAAGAACUCGCGGAGUUAAGUUAUGUAAACACUGUGAGAUUGUUCUCUUAUCCAGGUUCUAAACUGCUUACACAGCAGUAAAAAGUGGUGUCGCUACUCUAAAUGUAACAUCAUCUCUGAUCAAAGAGACAAAAGAACAACACUAAUCUAUCAUCUUCUGCUUCUGAUUUAUUCUGCUGUUGUGUGUGUUUAUUAUUAUUAUUAGUUGAUGUGUUUGGAAAAAAAAAAAAUUAAUUCUCUUCGAAAAUCGUCAGUCUUAUGAAUUGUAGUUUCUGUUACUUACUUGGGUAGAAGCUGUAAUCUUUCUCUCUUAUUAUUAUUGUCCUGUGUAAAAAACCAGUUAUGUUGUUUGAUUA